GGAAGCAGGCUUCAGGCAUCAUGUCGAUAGAAGAUCCAUUUUUCGUUGUGAAGGGGGAGGUGCAGAAGGCCCUCUCUCGUGCUCGGGGCCUGUUUGAUAGAUGGGAGGAACUGUUGCAGGAUGGGACACAGGUGAGUCGAGAUGAGCUGGACUGGAGUGCCAAUGAACUGAGGAAUUGUCUGAGGGCCAUAGACUGGGACUUGGAGGACCUCAGCGAAACCAUCAGCAUUGUGGAGUCAAACCCAGGGAAGUUUCGACUGGGCGACAAUGAGCUUCAGGAGAGGAGAGACUUUGUGGAACGAACCAGGAAAUCUGUUCAGGACAUGAAGGAUCAGUUGUCCAGCCCUUCUGCUGUGGCUCAGGCAGAGAAGAAGAACAGACAGGCUCUGCUGGCUUCAACAGGCCAGGACAGGUCAACAGGACUGGAGGCUCAUCUGGUGUCUGCAAACUCCAGAUACAUCCAGGAGCAACAGGAACAACAGCAGCUGAUCAUGCAGGAGCAGGAUGAGCAGCUGGAGCUGGUGACCGGCAGCAUCAGAGUCCUCAAAGACAUGUCUGGACGGAUCGGAGACGAGCUCGAUGAGCAGGCUGUUAUGUUGGGGGAUUUUGGAGACGAGAUGGAUCAGACGUCGUCCCGCAUGGACUCCGUCCUGAAGAAGCUGGAGAAAGUGUCUCACAUGACCAGCAGUCGGAGACAGUGGUGUGCCAUCGGGGUGCUGGUCGCCAUCAUGAUCGUGGUUCUCAUCCUCUUCUUUGCCCUCUGAUCUUAGUGACUUCUGACCUUUUAACUAUGUUCACCGACUCCUCCCUGUCAGGACGGACAGAUGGACAGAUCCAGACGGACGAGAGGCGUCUCUCCUCCUCUCCCUUCCAUCGCUUUCUUCCUUCACACUGAGGAGAGACUGGUGACCUGCAGAGAAAAGCUGGGAUGUAAUGCUCCACUCUGCUUUUAAUGAUUCUGGUGGGAGAAAAACAAAAAACAACAAAAAAACAACUGGCAUGUGUCAGCAGCAGAGCUCAGCAGGGGGGAAACCCUGCAGGUAUUUCAUAUCGGUGCAAUUUGGCUAUUAUUAGAAAUAAUGGUACUGGAUGGGGAGGACCGGACCGGAGGCUGCUGCUGUUGGGUUAAAAACCACAAAUUUGCAAGUUUAACAGAUCCACAUGCUUUCGAGAUAUUUUCAUAUAGAACAUUGAGGCUUGCAAUUUCUCAAAGUGCUCAAUGGCAGUAAAAAAAAUUUGUUGAUAAAUCAGCUUCAUCUGGUCGAGAGAAACAGACGAAACAUCUCAGAACAGCUAAUGUGACAUAUUAGUAUCAGCAGGCUUGUGAAGUGUGAUUCUUGGCAGGUUUACGGAGUGAAAAGUACUCUUCAGACUGGAUUUAUUAACUGUUCAAUCAAAAAAAAAAAAAAGUAGUUAUUUGUGUUUUUUUGCCAACAGGAGUAGCGUGGGAGGGAGGAGAUUGGGACGGAGAGGGGUUUUUCAGUGUUGCCUUAAAUAUAUUUUUAUACCAUUUUGAAAUGUGCAGUAUGUUCAUGUGCCUACAUGUGAGUCAGAGCGGGAAAUGAACUCCCAACGAGCAGCCAUCGCUUAAAUCCGGAACGAGGCAGCUUUCGGUUUGCCAAAGUCUGCAGGUUUUUCUCCUCCAGUCCAACACCACAGCAGCUGAUUUCACGGAACACAUUUCAGCUAAAGAGGAGCAGUUAGUCACUACUGAAAACAGCUGCUGCGGUGCGCGCCAUCAAAACAAAAACAUGCAGACUCAGGCACGGCACGAGGGGAGCCCAUCCCUGCCAUAGAUGCUCAUCUGCCAGCCGCUUCGUGAGAAGUGUCGGGAUUGCGCGCCGCUCCGGCCGGCAGACAGAAACGGUUCAUUUCCUGCCCUGAUUGUGAUCCGUCUCAGCGAGGUGAAGUCAGGUCUGCAGCCGGCCGCCUUCGCACCCCUGCAGACGUUCAAGCACACGAUUGGCCGAGGCUUUGUUCUUCUCGCUGGGUGAUGAGAGACAACCUUGGCUCAGAGCGAAUGGCUUUGCCUCUUUUAUUGAAAAGCUUUAGCUAAUGAGAGGAGGAAUAGUUGCUGGGCAGGAUGGCUCCUCGCGCAGCCCAGAUUUAGGCUGACAGCCCCCUCUGCUGGAGGCUGGGGGUCAUGUUUUUUUCUUUGUGUCAUGUCAGGCGACACCACUCACGCUCCCGUGUUGCAGCGCUGUAUAAAUACCAACUAUGAUGCUUUAAUUGGAUUGUUCUGUGUAAAUGGACAUUAUUCUUGUAAAGGCUUUAUGCAGACUCAAUCUUGUUUUUAACCCCGUGUGAUCCAAAUAUCUUUGAAUUGAAGCUGUUGUUGGUUACAGAGAAAAUUCCAAACUUAAAAGACAUUUUUUUUUCUUUUUUUUUACCAAAGGGGUCAGAGGUCAGAUGCCUUUUGCUUGAUGCAGGUCGGGUUAAUGAUGGCGGCACCCUCACUGCCAGAGCUUUUAAAAUUUUAUUCCUGUCAGUAGGUAAUGUGUGCUUUUAAUGUGCUUUUACAUAUUCAAGCCCUCAUUCCUUAAAUGCUUCAGAGGGGAAAAAUUAACUAAAAACUUGGCAAAUGGCUCCAAGCGUAAAUGAAGCACUCAUGUGGUUUCCACUCCAGUUAUGCGUCACUGUUAGACCUCUGCAAGCAGAACAGAUCUCUAUGAAGGUAAAGACAUCAGGGAAACACAGAAGGGUUUUCCAACGAGAACUUACAUUCGCUGUCUCGGUUAAACCCAAUAAGAGAUUUUACAAUAUUAUCCAGUAACAUCACAUCUGUAUGUUACUGAUGAGCUCAGUUUUGUUUGUUACCAGAUCUGGGCGAUAAAAAUGCUCGCAGUGUUUUGCAGAAUCGAUGGCAUUCAGGCAAUGAGAAUUGUGACAGAACUGAAAAUUGAUUUUGCAGUAUUAUAACCGUUAAGGCAGCCACUGUGGAGGUCCUUGUCAACAAAUCUGUUCUGAGCAAAUUAAAGCAAGAAUUUGAAGCUCUUUCAGUUCUUGUGUAACAGCUACAAACAGCAGGUUAACAUGCGGUUAGUGAGCUCUGCUACAUCUCGUGAAAAUUGACUUCAUUGCAGCAAGCAUCAAUAUUGAAGUUCUUAACUGGCUCGUGCAUUUAAAGCACACACACUGUUUACUUUUUAACACGUGCUGUAGUGGCUUCAGAUCUUGAGGGAAGAUGAAGCAAACAUUAUCAAAGGUGAACUGCAAAGGAAGCUACAUAACCCCCUCAGUUAAAAGUGCCAACAAUCAGAAUCGUGUGCAUUCUGCCACAGCUAGGAGGAACUUUUUGGGUUAUCUGAUAAAUGACACGCCUCUGACUGAAACAACGAAGACGUGUGUUUGGGAUCCGAAUGUACAAAGUUUCACACAACGCUAGCUGCUGUUGUGCCAUUAAAGCCAGAUGGCACCUUUCCACACCGUAUGUUGGUGCAUUUUUACUGCCUCUGGUAAAGAAAAAGGGCAACAACGGCGAUCAAAUGUCACCGUUUAUUUUACUGCUUUGCCACAUGGGAUUAUUUUAAAACUAUAUUUCAUUGCACAUACACUACAUGAAGGUUAGUUUGGCAGCUGUUGCUCGUAUUUGACAAAAAAACAACAUCUGCAUAAAGUGAAUCACACAUGAUUGUUUUGUUACUGGCAUCCAGAGAUUUCUCAGAUUGUUAGAUGUGGUUUCAUUAAACUUGUUUAACAUGAAGUGAA